AUGAAUAUCCUCGAGUGGGCGUUCGGCAAGCGCAUCACGCCCGCUGAGCGGUUGCGGAAGAACCAGCGGCUCCUGGACAAGGCAAUCCGCGAGCUUGAUCAACAGCGAGUCAAACUCGAGAAGCAGGAGAAGACCCUCGUGGGGCAGAUCAAGCAGAGUGCACAGAAAGGUCAAAUGGGUGCGUGCAAGAUCCAGGCCAAGGAUCUUGUUCGCACGAGGAGAUAUAUCGAGAAGUUCUACGGAAUGCGGAGUCAACUCCAAAAGAUCUCGCUGCGACUCCAGACAUACCGCACAAACGAGCAGAUGAUGCAAGCUAUGAAAGGCGCGACGACAGCGCUUGCCGGUAUGAACAAGACGAUGAAUCUGCCAUCUCUGCAGCGCAUUGCGAUGGAGUUUGAGAGGGAGAAUGAUAUCAUGGAGCAGCGGCAGGAGAUGAUGGAUGAUGCCAUCGACGACGCAAUGGAUGUUGAAGUCGAGGAGGAGGGAGAUGAGGUCGUCGAGCAGGUGUUGGAAGAGAUUGGGGUGGAUCUGAACCAGGCUCUCGGAGAAACUCCGCAAGGACUCCAGUCUCAACAUGUCGCCGAAGGAAAAGUCGCGCAGGCUGUUGGUGGCGGCGGCGGAGGAGACCCUGGCGAUGAUGAUCUGCAGGCGCGACUUGAUAGCCUGCGCCGGUGA